GGAAAGAGAAGCGACGGCUGGAGAAGCAGCAUUUGGACGUUCUGGAAGUUCUGCAGAAAAGCGUUCCUCAGAUUCCUUUGUCCUCCAUCAGAGCUGGAUGAACACAGCCCGUCAUAGCUCCUGAAGCUCGUCUCUGACUGAAGUCACGGGUCUCUGGCGCUCGAGCAGGACAGCGGUCAACUCUUGGAUCAACUCGUCCUCUCAUGAGUUCAGGGACAAUUGCAGGUUAGGGUGAAGUGAGAACAUCCACUCAGAGGUGGUUGGAAGGUUGAGACUUUGUCGUGUGAGUUAUGUGCGUCUGUGGUUGCAGAGUGAGGUGGUGAGGAUCCACAGACAUUCAGAGGAGGGGAGGCGGCUGCUCACUGCUCACAUUUUGCUUUGGUGAGGCUGCAUCCUUCAUCCGAUCAGCUUGUUUGUUGGAGUCACCUGUUCUUCAGCUCUUUAGAGAAAUCAUCACCUUCUUUGUCAGGUCAAUGCCACUGAACAUCAACAGAAUCUCUGUUUGAGUCGCAGAGCAUGAAGGAGGCCGAGCAAACCAAGGAGAACCCCCUGACCUGGGAUCUGGACCAGCCCUGGACCUCCUUCCUCAAACCUGCUGCACGCAGUCUGUACCUCGACACCUUGGAUUUCUCAGACCUGUGGGAUGAGGAAGACAGCACAGAGGACGAGGGAACCAUUUCAUCUAAUGAAUCAUCAGCAUGCCUCCAAGCCCCUCCGGCACCCCCUCCUCUUCCUCCUCUUCCUCCUCCUCUUCCUCCUCUGGCACCAGCUUUAUCCUCAGAUUCACUGAAAAGUUCGACCCUCAAAUCUCGGACCUUGAAGCUCCACUGGAGGGCAAUGCAGACUCUGGCUCCCCUUCCGAGGAUGACCCGCUUUGGGACCCAGACCAUUUGGGCCGGACUUGAACCGGUGGAUCUGGAUACAAACCGGCUGGAGUACCUGUUUGAGUCGAAGGGCAGUAGCACCUGCUUUAAGCUGGCCUCUGGGCGGCAGAAGCAGCCGUCAGUGUCGGUGCUGGGGAUGAAGCGAAGUAACAUCAUAACCAUCACCCUGAGCAGCCUGCCGCCCCCCCGCCUCCUCCCCCCUGCCAUCUACAGCAUGGACAGCAGCGUGCUGGACAGAGAGGACGUCCAGCGGCUUCAAGCGUUGAUCCCAACGGAGGAGGAGCUCUCUCUGAUCAGGGACGCCAAGGCCCAGAACCCCCACUCUCCUCUGGCCCAGGCCGAGCUCUGCCUCCUCACUUUGGGGGAGAUCUCUCACCUGAGCUCCAGGCUUCAGCUGUGGGCCUUCGCUCUGGACUACGACUCCUUAGAGAGGGAGAUAGCUGAGCCUCUCUACCAUCUGAAGCUGGCGAUGGAGCAGCUGGCAGGAAGCCAGACCUUCAGAUGUAUUCUGGCAACGGUGUUGGCGAUCGGAAACGUUCUAAAUGGAUGUAAGGCUCGUGGGUUUGAGCUGAGUUACCUGGGCAAGUUGUCCCAGGUCAGGGAUACACACUCCCGCCAGCCGCUGCUGCACCAUGUGUGUGUGCUGCUGCUGCAGCUCUACCCACAAUCCUCCGACCUGUACUCCGACACCAGCGCUGUUACCAAAGCUGGAAAGUGCGAUUACUCCCUCGUCCAGUCCAACCUCUCUCAGCUGGAGGCCCUGUGCAAAGCAUCAUGGGAGCAGCUGAAGGUGCUGGACAAGGCAGAGGAAAAGAGGAAAGGAGGAAAGGGGGAGAAGAGGAGGGGGGUAGGAAGAGGAGGAGGAGACGAGACCUCGGCUCAGGAAGGUUCACUCCGUCAACAGCUGCCGAAGAUUUUGAAAGAGUGCGGGGAGAAGCUGAAGGUCCUCAGAGCUGUGCACCGCCGGGUCAUCAACAGGUUCCACUCUUUCCUCUUGUUCCUGGGCUACUCCCGAGCGAUGGUGAGAGACACCAAAGCCGAGGACUUCUGUAAAACCAUCAGUGACUUCUCCCUGGAGUUCCGGUCCACACGGCAGGGCCUCCUGCUGCAGAGAGAGCGGGAGCGACCGAGGAGCGGCGCCGAAAACCAAAGCCCCAGAACUCCUGGAGUCCGGCGCAGAGGUCAACCAGCGCCCACACAGGAGACUGAGAGAAGUGAGGAGCAGUGUUUGCUGGAGGAGGUGCUGCGAACGCCCGAGUCCAUGUCGAGGCUGGACGCCACGCUGCCUCGACACCGCAGGAGGAUGCCGACAUCCAAGGUUCGUUCUCUCGGAAGCCGAAGUGUUGAUCGAGCAGAUGUCACUGAGUCACUGAGUGGGAGGAUGUGAACAGGUGCUUAACACAUCACCUCCCUUUAUCAGUUUUUAAUUAUGUUCUUUGUUUGAAAGUGAAGAUGC